AUGCCAUUACUAACCUGUGAAACUGAAAGAAGCGAAACCUGGGUCAAUUUCGCUGAUGGCCUGCCAUGUGUUCUCGGAAUCGACGAAGCGGGAAGAGGUUUUACUUUUUUUUUUCCUCACGUUGUCUUUUAUUAUUUCAUUCUUUAGGUCCUGUUCUUGGCCCAAUGGUUUACGGAGCUGCGAUUUCUCCGCUCGACAAGUUCAAUGAACUGAAAAACUUAGGCGUAGCGGAUUCGAAAGCAUUAACUGAGCAGAAGCGUGAUGAUAUCUUCGAGAAAAUGAACAAUGACGACGAAACAAAACAGGUUUUCGCUCAUUAUUAUUCUUUGACACCACCGUAAAAAUUAUCAGGUUGUAGCUUAUGCUGUUCGGUGUCUUUCUGCUCAGUUAAUUAGUGCUUCGAUGUUGAAAAGAUGUAAAUAUUCCCUGAAUGAAGUUUCUCACGAAGCCGCCAUAACUUUGAUCCGUGAUGCAUUGGAUUCUAAAGUCAACGUCGUAGAGGUUUUUUUUCAUAAUUUCUUCUUCUCAUAAAAAAAAACUGUUCAGAUAAAAGUUGAUACUGUUGGCCCCAAAGCGACUUAUCAAGCGAAAUUGGAGAAAAUUUUUCCUGGAAUUUCUAUUACGGUAUUAUUUAAACUUGUUUUGCGUCUUUCAGUCUCCAGUUUUUUAUUUAUUUUCUCGCCAAAUCAAUACGUCAUUGAAAGACUCAGGGAUUCAGAUUUUUAAGGGUCUUAGUAGCCGCUUGACAUUCAAAAUAUGUGCAGAUUAUAUUCAUCUGUUCUUCCUAGGAACUAAAUCAUUUAAAAAACGCAGGUGACCGAAAAGGCUGACUCUCUGUUCCCAAUCGUGAGCGCAGCUUCGAUUGCCGCCAAAGUAACGCGCGAUAGUCGGCUGAGAUCCUGGGAAUUCGCCGAGGCGAAUAUUUGUGUUCCUGCCGAGGGCUACGGUAGCGGAUAUCCUGGCGGUUUGAAAAAUUGUACAAAUUCCGGAAAAAUAAUUUUUCCCAGAUCCCAAAACCAAGAAUUUUCUGAAGAGGUGCUGUGAUCCAGCGUUCGGUUACCCGUCUUUGGUCCGGUUUUCCUGGAAAACUGCCGAAAACGCGAUGGAGAAAGGCUGUGUUUCUGUAUCCUGGUAGGUUUUUUUUCUUGAAAAAAAUUUUAGCUCCAAAUCUCAGGGAAGACGAUGAAGCUGAGAACAGGGGCAAAAACAACGGAAUGAAGAAUUGGUGUAAACCUGAAAAUCCUGAAGUGGUCCCUCCAAAACGGCACGUUUUCCUGCAGGAACGGCAACUCUCCAACGUUACUUCUUUCUAA